AUUGUGUCCAGGACUAGGAAAUAAGGCAUCACAAGAGGCCAAGCGGCCAUUGCUCGUUACCUUCUCUCAAUUACCCUGCUGCCUGCUCAUGGCCUUUGCCUUUUGAAAAUCGCCACUCUUCGCUUCCUUGUGUAUUCUUCUCUCUUGUUCAUCAUUUUCCCAAUGGUUUUUCGUCUUUCAACAUGCCCUUCCCUUUUGUCUAUGUCUGUGAUUUGUUACAACGGCUGGAUGACAACCAGAGCGCCCGUUCUGGCCAGAGGAGUAAUUCUAAUAUAGUGGAAGAGUGGUUCAGACUGCACCAUAGUCUUCUCAUUCGGGACGAUUACAAUGUUGGACCUCUCCUGUCGACCCUCCUUCCUGAGAAGAGGAGUGACCGGGUCUAUAAUAUCCAGGCAAGGACACUCCAAAAACUGUUUGGCCGCGCAUUACUCCUGGGUCGAUCGAGAUUGAAGGAGCUGGGCAGGUGGGAGGAGCCUGGAUGUGGUGUGGAUCUGGCUGAUUGUAUCGAGAGCAUAUUGCACACUACACCAAACCCUUGGUCCAUUGUCCAAACUACAGUCACGGUUGAGGAAAUCGAUGAGGUCCUACACAGGAUCGCGUCAGGUUGUCGGUUUAGCUCGCCUUUGGUAAGGGCAUCUGAGCCACCGUCCUCCUCAGCCAACCAAUUGCUGGGACUCGGAGACUUGUACAUGCGAUUAUCAGCCCGAGAUGCCAAAUGGCUGACUCGGCUCGUCCUGAAGAACUACCAACCCGUCGUUCUGGAUCCGCUUACCGUCUACCGGGCUUGUCACCCACUGCUGCUGGUGAUUCUCAAGGUUCAGGACGACUUUAGUAUUGCGGCUCGGUUCUUGCAAAAUUACCACCGAAGCAAGGGCGUGACCGGCGAGGUGCUUGACAGGAACGAGCUUGCCUGUCGUCUGAAGCCAACCCUCGGAGUCAAAGUGGGCCGACAAAUGUGGCUGAAGGGUAGAAGCAUCAAGCACUGCCUCGAUAUGAGCCAUGGGAGGAUGAGUUGCGAAGAGAAGGUCGACGGCGAGUACUGCCAGAUACACAUCGACCUAAGCAAAGGCCGAGACUGUAUUCAGAUCUUCUCGAAAAGUGGGAAAGACAGCACCAGAGACCGGGCAGGCUUGCACGAAGCCAUCCGGACGUCCCUACAGAUCGGGCAACCGUCUUGCCCGCUGAAGCAUGGGUGCAUCUUAGAGGGUGAACUUGUCGUGUAUAGCGACAGGGACGACAAGAUUCUGGACUUCCAUAAGAUCAGGAAGCAUGUUUCAAGAUCGGGAGCAUUCCUGGGGACAGACAAAGACUCUCAGCCCCAUAGUUGGGAGCAUUUGAUGAUCGUUUACUUUGACGCCUUGAUGAUCGACGACCAGUCGCUCCUCGGUGUCAAACAGUCGGAACGAUUCAAACGCCUUGGUCAGCUUAUCGCUUGCAAGAAGGGGCGCUCCGCACUGGUGAAACGGCAGAUUAUCGACUGCAACGAACGUGAUGCCGCCUCCAAUCUGCGCCGCGCCUUCGCCAAAUGUAUCACAGCACGGGCUGAAGGGUUGGUGCUUAAAGCCGAUGACCCCUACUUCGACUUUAGCACCUCCAGGCGACCCUAUGGGUGCUGUUGCAUCAAGCUUAAAAAAGAGUAUGUCGGCAGCUUUGGAGACGUUGGCGAUUUUGCCGUCGUCGGUGCCCGGUAUGAUGCUGUGGCGGCAAAGACUCUCGGGAUAUCCAACCUGAAGUGGACACAUUUCUUCAUCGGCUGCUUGGAGAAUAAGGAAGAGGUUCAGCGGUGGGGCAGAAUGCCGAGAUUCACCGUCACAAAUGUCGUGGAACUGAACGCGUCACAAAUGAGGCUCUUCAUCAGCCAUGUCAACCCUAGAUCCGUACCAGAAUCUGAGAACGACGCGAUUUCCCUCCGAGUUGCCCCCGGCAUUGAUAACGGAAAGCGCCCAUCUGUCAUAUUCACAGAACCCCCGGUGUUCGACAUUCGGUGCUUCUCCUUCGAGAAGGGAGGGAAUACCGGUUUCUGGAGCUUGAGGUUUCCAAUGGUUAACAAGGUCCACUGUGACAGGACGUAUCGUGAGACGAUAUCAUUUGCAGAACUUCAGGAUAUGGCAAAAUCCGAAAAGGAGAUGCCUCCUCCUGAAGACAGUCAGGAGCUUCUGGGAUUCAUUGCCGCUCUCGAACAGGCCGAUCCCGGGGGUGUCCCGGUGGAUGCGAUGAGCAGCCAGUUGACGGCGUCAACGACUUCUACAGUGAUGACUCCUUCCUCGUUUCAUUCGUCUGGACCACGACAUGUUGAAACUAUGACGCUGCCAUCUAUUAUGGAGAGCCACCCUACCUCUAAACUGCCGGCAUCUCGACCAUCUGCACAUCCUUCUGUUGCCGAACCUUUAACUCCUCCGGUGUCAUCAGCUGCUAAGCCUGUGGACAUGGAAAAAGAUAUGGCAAAAAGCACGCCAAACAAUCCCCAGACACCUCCACGUUUACGAAAGCGGCGGUCUGAACCUUCUCACAGCCCUCGUCAGCUAAAAGCCCAGAAAUGUGUACCGGGCCCUCGUCUCAUCUCUUCAAGUCCUCGAGAGAAAAGUUGCCUCCAGAGAACCACUCCACCGGGAAGUUCCCGCUCACACAGAAGAGCGCGAGAACCCCUGACAGACAUCACCACGAGCUCCCAACCCUGCGAGAACACUACCAGUCCUCAGGUGACACGCUUAGCCGGAGUUCACUCGUUUUACGCGCCGUCAACGGAGAACCAGCCGCCGAGCUCCUCCUUCCCGGGCAAUGCCUCCUCUGCACCUGUUUCUUUCUGUGCCACACCUGGAGCUCGGCCCCGAUCGCCAUCCGUGGAAAUCCCAGACAGCCAGUCGUCAAACCAGGCGUCCGCGUCCACGUCCACGUCCACGGCAACCAUACGAUCUGCUAACUUCGAUGGACUGACGGAAUGUGUCUACUGCCCAGACACUUGCGCAUUGACCGGCAUCUCCUUCCUCCUAGCGCCAUGUGUCUCACAAACCUCUUGGCUAACCGAAGAUCUCCUGUCGUCCCAUGGCGUUGGGGACUUUGUCUUGGACCCGAACGACUGGAAGAAUGCCGCUUUCCCGCCGUCGACAGCAGACACUCUUCUCCCUGGGGGGUCCACCGCCGCCACGAGGAACGGGAACCCGGAGCAGCUGCCGGGCCGGAGGAAACCACGGCUGAAGAAAGUCGUGCUCGUGGAGUCUCGGAGGAAGGAUGCCACCGACGCCUUCUUGCAGCGAAUCGAGAGAGCGGGCCUCGAGCUUCGGAGGGGCAGGCGAGAGUACGUCCCGGUGUUUGACUGGAGGCUGCUCGAGGCCCUGACCAAGGGGGAGGCCGAGUGUAGCAGGAACGGUGACAAGCAGGACGCGCGUUUCGAUAUGAAGAGUUCGCAGAGCAUUUGGAGAAAAUAUUGGAUCGGGUUGGCAUGAGGCUUUGCGGAGUUAAUAUGUGAAUACUUGCAUGUUUCUGUAUAUAGAAGUUGGAUUGCAUUGGGGUUUGCCGCUCUUGGACAU